AUGAUUAUGUACUUUACUAUUUUAUUGUUUUUAUUUUACAUUUUAGAGCUUAAAAAUUCUUUAAAAAUGCCAGCACAGGACGAAAUUUUUCGAAAUAUUCGCGUAGUUGCCCAAGGUUUGGAUGCAUUGCGAGAUGAACAUGAAGCAAUAAAAAACAAGCUGACUGGUGGUCUUGAUCUGCUUACACCGGAUGAGCGUCAGUUGAUUGACGAGAAAACAUCAAUUGUUGAUAGGAAUUUGGAGAAUAUACUUUUAGGGGUUGAGGAGGCUCAGGUCAUGGUUGCACUUGCUUCACAUUUUCAAAAUUUGGAGGCUGACAAACAAAAGUAUAAAGCUCAAGUUCGUCGUCUAUGUCAAGAAAAUGCGUGGAUUCGUGAUGAGAACAUUGCGCAAUUGGAAGAAGAAAACAAGCACCUGAAAUUCAUGAAUAGCAUCAAGAAAUUUGAUGAGGAUUUGCCGGAACUUGCUGACAAGGAAGGGGAUCAAGCUGAACAGCAACGUCCUGCAAGCGAUGUCCAUAAUUCAACAUUGCAGGAACUUGGUUUUGGUGAUGAGGAGGAGGAUUUGCAAAAUACAAGUGGUCAAUAUUCAAUGCCAACUCCGGCAAAUGCAAUGGCUGCGAGUGCAACUGCUGGCUAUGAUAUACCACAACGACUAAAAACACUUCAUAAUCUUGUUAUCACUUAUGCGGCACAGGGACGCUAUGAAGUUGCUGUUCCACUCUGUAAGCAAGCAUUGGAAGAUUUGGAAAAGAAUAAUGGACAUGAUCAUCCGGAUGUCGCUACGUAUUUUUUAUUGCUAAAUUUGACAGUUUAUUUUUUAAGUAUGUUGAACAUUCUUGCUCUUGUUUACCGUGAUCAGCGUAAAUAUAAAGAAGCGGCUUCUUUAUUGAAUGAAGCAUUGGCUAUUCGUGAGCGUUGUCUAGGGGAAGACCAUCCUGCGGUUGCGGCCACUCUUAACAAUUUGGCUGUUCUUCACGGGAAGCGUGGAAAGUACAAAGAUGCGGAGCCUUUAUGUAAGAGGGCAUUGGAGAUUCGUGAGAAAGUGCUUGGUGCUGAUCAUCCGGAUGUUGCAAAGCAAUUGAAUAAUUUAGCAUUGAUUUAUCAAAAUCAGGGUCUUUACGAUGAAGUUGAAAAGUACUACAAACGCGCACUGAAAAUUUAUGAGGCAAAAUUUGGUCAAGAUGAUCAAAAUGUAGCGAAAACUAUGAACAAUCUUUCUUCUGCUUAUCUAAAGCAGGGAAAAUACAAGGAAGCUGAGUUAUUGUACAAGCAAAUUCUAACGCGCGCCCAUGAACGUCAAUAUGGAGAGACUAGCAACGACAAUAAGUCUAUUUGGCAAAUUGCUGAGGACCGUGAAAAUACUAAAAAUCAACAUGCAGAUAGUGGAAUUUAUCAUGAAAAUAUUCAGGAUGCAAUGAUGAAAGUCGAUAAUCCAACUGUAACUACUACAUUAAAAAAUCUUGGAGCACUCUAUCGACGUCAAGGCAAAUAUCAAGCUGCUGAAACUCUUGAGGAUGCUGCUUUGCGUGCUAAAAAACAGGUAUUUUCUUACAAACAUUAA